AACAUCACCAACAUUCUCCGCUUGAGAACAGCACUUUAAACAUAGCGACACUGCAUUCCUUUGAUCACUGUGUGGCGCUCAGCUAAGCUAAGCUGGUCGAAUGCACGCAGCCAAAAGUGGUUUUUUAGCAUUUCUUGAGAUUUGCACAGAAAUAUCUGCAUGAAUCCAAUUGACCAUAUUUGUCACCUCACCUUCAAUAGCUUUCACUCGGCUACAGGUCUCGCAAUAACAACGAUUUCGAGGGAGUGGGACCAUAAGAUCCAGUUGAGCCAGUUACUGUAGGGCCGCAGAACAGCGAACCACAACACCAUGGCAAGAUUAUCACGGCCCCCGCCAUCUUCCUCUCGGUCCCGGACAACAAUCUUCUCAUCGUCCUCCGAAUCUGAGCCGGAAUCCAACAACGACUCCAACUCCGAUUCGGAGUUUCCAGAUAUCGCAGCCCUCCCGCCAAGUCCCAAAAGGAAAAGAAAAGUUUCGCCACCUUUGCAGGCGACUAAGAGGAGACCGACCCCUCCCACGGAUACGGCCUCUACUAGUACUAGGAACCAGACGGUCAUCGAAUCAGCAACAUCACCAAAUGCGGCUUCUUCAUCAGUAGCCGGCGUCAAGAGGCGGAAGCUACUUCUGGGUGCGGUGUCGGACAAUGUCCUUUUUCGAAAGUGGACGCCAGCGCAAGAGGCGGAGGGUGGGGUGCCAGCUAGGAAGAAGAGGAGGGGUUUGACCGCUGGUACAGGAUUCGGGCUGGGAUUGGGGAUGAUGCGCGAUGAAGAGAAGAACGGCAGUGACUCUGAGGCUGAGAAUCUGGUUGUGAAUCGAAAGAAGGUAAACGAGGUGAAGAGGGUAGGCGAGAGCACCGUUACUGCUCAGACGGUGGUGAGGACGACCAAAAGUCGUUUCAGCGACCAGAACCUAUCACAGAAACGCCGCGAAGGCAAGGACAUGGUGGGAACCAAGAAUAAGGAGCCAAAGCCGUCGGCAAGUCUUGAUCAGCCACCGAAACAAAGCGCCAGCAAAAGCAAUGACAUGAUGGAAAUCGACCAGGAGCAGGAUAUCGACAUCUUUGAAGAUUUGGAAGAUUUUGCUGAGGAGUCGUUCCACACUGCGCAGUCAAAGGAGUCUUCUGAGUCGAAUGAACUUGGGUCGGAAACCAUGGUUAAGAAGGUGCCGAGUACCAACACAGCAUCAAACUCCAAAGAGGACGAUUCAGAUGAGGACUUGGAUGCAUUCUUCUCAAAGUUAAGCAACAAGCCCAAGAUUCCCGCAGUCAGAGAGAGUCAUCUUUCUCCGACGAAGCCUCGGUCAACGAAGAACUCGAGAGGCAAGUGGAUGGAUGCGAGCUGGGGCACCCAAAGCCGGACUUUGUUCGAUGAUGAGGAGAGCGAUAGACAACAAAGAAGAGCAGCGAAACAGGUAGUUUCCAGCGAUGAGGACACCUGUGGUGAGGAGGAUGUCACGCAGGAUUUCUCCUGUCUCCAGCUGGAAUCCUCCUCCUCCUCUUCCGACCCCGAAAGCUCAUCAGACACCGAAACCGAACGACGGUCUCGUCCACCAGCAGCCACCACCACGACGAAGAAGCGCACUCAAACACCCAGCCCUCCUCCCAAAAUCCCCAAGCUCAAACCAAAGCCAUCAUCAACAACAUUACCACCACCAUCCCCUCCCAAGAAACUCCCCCGCAUCCCCACCACCCCCCACCGCCCCUCUUCCGACCUCUUUUGGUCUCGCGAACUCGUCGACGACUGGAACGACACGCACUCUCCCACCAAGAAGGAACCACUCUUUUCGUCAACCAAACCCCCCACCUCGGACGCCACCUCUACUAGAGGUACUUCCAUCACCUCCCCCAAGAAGAACCCACCGGCGGCCAGCCCUUCAAAAGCCACCACCGCCCUCCUGGCCCGCGAAUCCCGUCUUGCGCGCCAACUCUUCGACACGCACAAACACUCCCUCGCCACUCACUUCCUGGCACUCCUCGACGCCCGCCUGACUUCCUCCCGCUUAUCGGCUCUAACCGCCUCAACGGGCGGCAUCAAGAUCGUAUGGAGUAAGACGCUCAACACCACGGCGGGGAGGGCGAAUUGGAAGAAGGAGAGUAUUACCACCACCAACACCAACACCACUCGCCUCCCUCACUCAGGUGGUGGUGGUGCCAAGCAAAAAGAAGGAGAGAAGGAAGUGGUGACGGUGAAACACCACGCCUCCAUCGAGUUAGCUACCAAGGUCCUGUCUACGCCCGAGAGACUAUUCAAUACGCUUGCGCACGAGUUCUGUCAUUUGGCGGUGUUCAUGAUUGAUGGGGUGACUGCGAGGCCGCAUGGGGCGGAGUUCAAAGCUUGGGCGAAGAAGGUUAACGAGUCGGAGUUUGGUGCUGGUGGUGGGGGGAGGAACCGUGGUGUCGGAAAGAUGAAUAUUCGAGACGGAGGAGAGGGAGGAGAGGGUGUGGAAUGGGAAGGCGGGUAUGCGGUCGAAGUCACGACGAGACAUGGCUAUGAGAUUGAGUUUAGGUAUGUGUGGGUUUGUGAUGGGGUUCCUGUUCCUCCUCCCGGCGGCGGCGGGUCUUCUUUUACCAGUGGUCAGACUGAAGUAAAAGAGAAAGGGAAAGGGAAAGGACAAGGGAAAGAAGGAUGUGGCACAGAAUAUAAACGCCAUUCGAAGAGUAUUGAUCCCAAAAGACAUCGGUGUGGGUUGUGCAAGGGGAUUUUGAGGCAGGUUAAACCUGCGCCGAGGGGUCAAGGUCAAGGUCAACAACAACAUCACCAAGGUGAGGGAGGUGGUCACCUCUCUGAUAUGGCUGGUGGCGACGGGGCUGGGACACUAAAAGGAAUGGGAAUGAUGAAGGAAAAGGGAAAGACGUCGGAGUAUCAAGUCUUUGUCAAAUAUCAGAUGAAGGUGGUUAAAGCUGAGAAACCGAGACUGACGUUUGGGGAGGUGAUGAAGGAGGUUGCGGAACGGUGGAAGGCUGAGAAGGCGAGGAGGGAGAAGAACAAGAAGGGAACCCCGCUGGCGGAAACGAGUGGGAAGCUUUCUACAGUUGUAGAGGAGGUUGUCGCUGACGAAGACGGCGAUGGCGAGGACAGUCCGGAUGUGUUCGACGACGAACUGAUAAUGGACGUGGUUGAUUUGACUGCGGAUGAUUGAGCGGACGGCAUCGGUAGUGCUUGGUAGUCCAUAACAGUGCUUGUACAAGUAGAUUAUUUGUAUGAACAUGCAAAGAAUAUUGAUACCCCCGAAUACAACAGAG